AUGGAAGUGAAACAAGAGACACUGGAACAAUCUGACAAAUACAUUAACAGUAGUCCUACUCUGGAUGAGAUCUACACUGACAUUUGUUCUAUAUACAUUUCGGAUAUUGACAGUAUGGUUCAUGGUGAUCGUACUACACCUACUGGAGGCCUACCUCCAUGUCUACCCUCCUGGGACUGUUCACCGGUACCAACCUCAUUACACAGCAGUAUGAUGCACCUACGUUCUCUCUCACCUGACCCUAGAUACGAGGAGAUCCCCUCAUGCCAGCAUAGUGAGUAUUAUAACAAUAUGAAUUGUCAGGACACUAUUUCGCAAAGCUCCACCUCCCAGAGUUAUCAGGAAUGGGGCAUGUAUAACUGGGAACAUUUCCCUGGGUACAAUACACACAGAUAUGAUAUUCCAUCUAGUCUUACUGACAGUGGAAGCUGUUACUACAAGUCUACCUCUGUACCCCUAACUCAGCAGUACAGUGAUGAUAUUGCCCGUUGUUCCACACCUGACCUCAUCAACACCUUGUCCUCACUUCAGACUGACAGGGACAUUCAGAGUGAGAGCUCUACCCAUACAAACAGUGCUAUUGACAGAAAAAGCAAUGUGGCUGUGAUACAAGAACAUGGUACAUCAGCUAUGUUUAUGCACCUUGCACAACGUUACCAGGACAGUGGUUAUAGUUCAGACUUGUCCAUGUCACCGGUCUAUCCCUACAAGUCCAAAACCACAACUAAAAGUAAACAAGAUGAGGACGAAGAGGUUAAGGACUGUCAAGUGCACCUCAACAGCAACCUAACUUCAGUUCAACAUAUACCCAAAUUCAGUUCACUGGAGAAGGCUUCCAUAUCUAUGUCACAGAGUAACAUACUAACUUCACUACCCAGAGUCUACUCCUCGUCUCGAAAGGAGAGUCAAAUUCAAUCCAGUGAUGUGUCCUCAUCGGAUUACCCUGCCUCUUUGAAUGCUACCAAGGCUUUACACAGAAUGCCUCCAAUUCAACCCAAUUCUGUGAUUUCAAACAAACAUUCCACCAAACGACAGAAUCAGUCACAGGAACUGGAUGGACCAGCCAAACGUAAACCUGUGACACCAGCAUCAGAGACUGAUGAUAAAAAUGAUGUAUUGACACAACAACUCCCUCCAACAGACAGAAAGACCAUAUUCCCUAAUCACCAGAGUAAGUCAAAGACUGAUCGUGACAAGAAAAGUAGGCACAAUCAGCCACUAAGUCUGCAGGCCACCGGUGCUAUGAUGAGUUGGUAUGAGAGCCACCGAGAAAACCCUUACCCCAGCAAAGUAGAGAAGGAGAUGAUGGCAAAACUUGGAGGAAUCACUGUCACCCAGGUCAAAUCUUGGUUUGCUAAUAAACGUAACCGCAACAACAACACACGACCCAAGGUACAGAAACGUCAGAUGACGGAACGCCUGAUGAACAUUUGCCAUGAGCUAGCACGAAACUCUCAAAAUCCUACCAUGAACAACGCAGACAUCAUUCAGAAACUGUCCACCAUUAUCACUGUAUCACCAAGUGAGAAUCUGUGA